AUGUACAUCACAAGAUUUCGGACGAAAAGAAUAGCGGCAUACGUUGGAAUACCAUACGCUCAGCCACCGAUCGAGUUCAGAAGAUUUUUGCCUCCAGAAUACACGGAUUUACCUCAAUGGGAAGGUGUGAGAAAUGCUACCAUUUAUGCUCCGGAUUGCAUGCAGAGUGACCCGAAAAAGGAGGAUGUGCAAAACCCAUUGAAGAAACAUGAUGAUCUGUUCAUGAAACUGUUAGACUCUCAAUUGGAGGAAAAGAGAAAGAAGGAGUAUUCCGAAGACUGUCUCUUUUUGAACGUGUAUGUGCCGGACGUUCCGCGUGAGGGAGCAAUCCUCCUCCUCCCGCCCCAGCCGCCGCAACUGGCGACACUACGGGCGUCGGGGAUCAAGGAACGAUCUCCAGCCACCGUAAGCACGGGCCUGCGGUUGGCGAGUAAGGGCAGCUCGCCACCCGACCAGAACCAGGCCCGAGCGUACGGCGCGUAG